CACUGGUGUCCAUGCCACACGCAUUUGUUCGAAACAAAACUCGCGACGGCAUUCUCAGCACCACGCCGGUUCGCGCUUUUGUUUUUGAAAUACAAAGUGUGUUUAUAAAAGCUGGCGUGUGUUUCGCAGGAGCAUCAAGCUUGCCUUCUGUACCGGUUGCGUACAAUCUGUUCUAAUUAGUGCGAUAGCGAAAUAGAGCGUAAUCCCGCUCGGCCCUUCGAUAGCUAUUUGGAGGGAACCCAACUUAACCUACCUCUUGCAGCACGCGUUCAUUUUUAUCAACAUUGAGUAGUUGGUGUUGUGCUUGUUUGUGUGUGUGUAAAGCGGCAGUUUUGUUGAAAUCUCAGGCAGCAAAAUGAGGAAACGUUCGCUUUCGGUUGCGUUCGCCCGCGCGCCCUCGGUUGAGGAAAUGACGAAAAAGUUCGAAGGAGUAUCGUCCGAAGUGGAUGAGAGCGAUUCGGAGGAAGAGAUCGAAGAGAUCGCGGACGACGCGCCCAACGCCGGCUGGGGAGUGGCGGACUAUCGGAAGCUGUUCGAGCAGCUGCGCACCGUGCUGCCCCGGAAGGACACGAAAAAGUAUCAGAUCACGCUGAAAAAGAUCCCCUGGGAGAAGGUGGUGGUCGAGGGCCACUCCGAGGAGGAUGUCAAGCAGACCACCGCACAGCUGGCAGAGAAGGCACGCAAAUUUCGUACCCUGACCGAGAUUAUGGGCGAUAUGGAGCAGCUGUCGCUGGAGCUGAACUCGGUUGGCAAACCCAAACAUCCGCUCUCCGCGUACAAUCUCUUUGUGAAGGAAAAGUUCACUGCCUUGAAAGCCAAACAUCCCAACGCAUCGGCCCCCGAGAUGAUGAAAAUGCUCAGCCAAGAGUUCGCGAUCCUGUCGGAGAAAAAGAAAAAGAAGUACGAAGCCGUGGCCGCCACCGCGAAGGAACAGUACAAGCAGGAGCUGGCACAAUUCUACCGCGACAAUCCGAAUGCAGCGCCGGUAAAGAAAAAGAAGGCCAAAAAAGAAUCCACUCCCAGAAAAGCGAAAAAGGCUCGCAAACCCACCGCAAUUACGCCGUUCGGGCUGUUCCGGGACGAGAAGCAGGGCGAGAUGGACGAAAUUACCGGCCUGGCGUUGCGCAAGCUCUGGGAUGAGCUGGACGUGCAGCAGAAGGUCAAGUACAUCCAGCGGGCAUUCCAGAGCCAGUCGGACCAGACCGGCACCGCCAAGCUGAAGCUGACGAAGGAGGAGCAGUCCAUGCUGCAGGUGGCGGCCGGCAAGCCGGAACCCAUCCCGCGGAGCGUGUCCGACUACUACCUGAAGCGCUACACCGAGCACGAUCCGUCGAUGUCGUUGGCGGCCUGGCGCAAGGACAAGCUGGCCGAGUACAGAUCGCUGCCCAAGGUGCGCAAGCUGCAGCUCGAGAUCGAGUACCGGCACGCGAAGCAGGAGUACGUCACCAAGUACCAGGAGUACAUCACCAACCUGGAGGACGAGACCGCGCGGCAAGCGGAAAUCGAGCAGCUGCGCACGUUCAUCAAGUCCAAGCUGGACAAGGAGGAAAAGCAGCAGCUCGAUAACCGGCCGUUCCAGUCGCUGGUGGAUUCGACCGAGGUGUACGACGUGACGCGACCGAUCGCGGAAUCGACGAUCAUUAGCGUGCCGAAGGAGAUCAAGAAGGAGAAGAAAAACAAAGCGUCCAAGAAGAAUGGCGGCGAUGGGGCCGCACUGGCAGCAGCAUCGCCGGCACCGGCAGCAACAGCAGCUGCAGCAGCAGCAGACCUGGGCAGCCCGAUUCCGAAACCGAUUAAAUCGAUCCUGAAAAGCCCGACCCCAAAACGGGCCCACCAGGAGGUGGUUGCGGACGAAGCCGCCGUACCGUCGCCGAAGAAGAAGAAAAAGGUGUCCGUUGCGGGCAGCGAAUCGGAUAGCAACACGGAAAAGCAAGCAACCAACAGCAGUUCCAAGGUCAGCAGUGCAGCAGUGGACUCAAACGGACGAACCGGAAAAAGGAAAGAGCCACCACGUCCGCCAAAAAACCUGCUGGAGUACUACCGACAGUUCCACUACCUCGGCAAGGAUGAGAAGUGCGAGGAGUCGUUCCGGAACCUUUCCACCCACCGGAAGGAAACGUUGAAGGCGGAAAUGCGCGCAGCAAAGCAGAAGUACUUCAAGGACCUGCAGAAGUACCUCAAAACGGUACCGAAGGAGGGCCUCACAAAGUAUCUCGCGAAAAUGGAAAGGGAGAAGGCGGAGGCUCGUUUGGAUGCUACAAGCGACGAGGAAUCGGCAUCAGCCGCCCCAGUAGCCAAAAAGAUCCCCAAGGAGGAACCCAACGACAGCGACAGCGACAGCGAUGAGGAGGAGGAAGAGGAGACGACGGCAACGACGGCAACGACGGCCACGACGGGUACGAAUGGCAACAAUGAUGAUGAUGAUGACGACGACGACGAUGACGAUGAUGAUAGUAGCGAUGAGUAAUGGUGGUAGUAGGUGUAUAUGGAAUUAUGCUCCCGUUUCGGAAGAUCCCCUUGGUGUCCCCGUUCCGUUGUGUGGAAUGGGUGCCCUGUCGUUCGAGGAUUUCCUUCCUUAUUUUUACGUCCUUCUUUUUUAUAAUGGAUUUUUUCGUUGCGUGUAUAUAAGCAAACAGUUAAGCAGUUAAAUGCAACAUGAAGCCGGGAGUUCCAGCUUGAAAUAACGCCAUUAUAAACCAAUCCUUCCCUCGCUUAGAGGUGAAGCAAAUAGA